AAUCGAGGCAACCCCCGAAGCGAGAACUGGGUGAGGCCAAGGCUAUUACAUUGGCAAGUGCAGGAUUGACUGGAGCAGCGGAUUCGGCAUGGGAUGGUGGAGAAGGCGCUCCCCUCGACGCAACAGAGCUUGCGCAACAGGCCUACUCGCAGCGGCAGGGACGUCUUUGCGCUCACGUCGUGGGCAUCCAGAUCAGAGGGAGGCCGGAUACCACCCACCAGCCCUCCGUCGCUGUCUCCUCCAGCUGCAGCAUACCCGCGCUGUUCCUCCUCCGCGGUCUCCACAGACAACCCAGAAAUACAUCAGCAACUCUGGUGUCAUUUCUCCGCAAGACAGCAACAAGGAGCCUCUUCCUCCGCAGCCUCGCCAAGCACGAGUAGCGCCGCCAUCCUCCUCACACACAACGACCAGCCGAACCACGAUCAUCUCCAUCUCCGCGCAGAGCUCUGCCGCAUCGCUUCUCGUCCUCCGCAGCCUCCGCUCAUUGCUUUCCUCCUUCGCUGUCUGCGUGGGGCACCGCCACCUCAAGUUGGCAUUGGCGGGAAUGGCGCGGCUUGGAUGAGGGUGACAUCAGAAAGAGCCGGGCAAUGCCCAGCGAUACCCUGCAAGAGCCAGCCUCACGAGGAAGCCUGCGCACCAUGUCUCGCCACUCACGCUUUGACGGGAGUGCGCAGCGCAAACUACUCCGCCGCUGCAAUGGUUGGCGCAGCACAUGAUGCGCAACGGAAAGAGUUGGCCCGCUGAGUAUUGGAUGGCGCGCACAGCGGCAGCAGAGACAUGACGGGAGAAGGCACAAAGCCGUCUGGCUCCGCCGUUGAAAGAGCCAGGCGCAGCGAUGAAAUCCACACCGCCUCGCUCCUCUACUUCGCCCGGAGCCCGUGUCCUGCGCCAUCGCCGUAGUCACUGGGCAUCAGCAGCUACAUUCCCCGCUCCCCCACCGCCGCAGUACUGGAGCAGACGACUCGCGCAUCAUCUCCCAC